AUGUCUCAAAUUCAAAUUCGGUUAUAUUACGACUACUCGAAUCAGCGAAUUCGAGUUGAUGAAAGUCCUGCUGGUAUCAAAACUACAGUCAUUAUAGACUUCAACACGCACAAAACCUACAUCAUCACUAAUGGACAAUGUUUAACAACUACUAUUGAAGCUCCUUUCAAUCCUACCUGCAUCCCAGGUAACGCAUUAUAUAGUGGCAUCUUGCAAUUAGGUGGUCCUGAUGGCAUUAUAGCAAAAUCAUAUCAUUUCUCUACCGCCGAUAGUACGAUACAAACGGAUUAUAUUAUUUCUGAGAAUUGCAUUCCAGUACUCGAAGUAUCGAAGGUGUCGCUGACUAAUCCUACUACUGAAACAACAUUCGUUACUCUGACUUACGGUAACACAACUAUUGGUAUACAAGAUCCAAGUGUCUUCGAUAUACCCGCUAUCUGUUCUCAACAUGCUUCAAUGAAACUACCUGUAAGCGAAAAGGCACUUAUUUCAUACGUUUACUGUAACGGAUAA